GGAAGUAUGUUCUCCGCUUCACUUUCUGAAAGUUUGCUCUGCGCGCUGGCUGCGAAGGAGAGUUCAGUGGUCCUAUUUUCUUCUUCUCUGAUUCUUCAAAUUAGUAUGGCUGCAACGGAUCCUUCUCUUUCCUAUCGUCAGGAUGCAUACGAGUACCAAGACCCCUCAAGUUGGCUUAAUGAAACAUUUGUGCUGCUGGGGGCUACGUCCAACACCUGGGUUCCUACAAGCAGCAUGUGCCUGAAGAGCACGUUUCUAAGAAUGCAUCAGAAACAGUUCGAACACAAUGUAACUUAUCGAGGACUUAUGACGUCAAGCAACGACCAACAAUUCAUGGUACCGCAGAGUCUCAUAAUCCGGAUCAAGGUGGCGAAGAAUAAAACUGCGCAGAGAAGACUCAAGAUUACGGAAGUAAACAGAACGAGUGAGCAGGAAAUCCCGGGAAAUCGACCAGUUUUGUACGCGGAGCCAUCUUGUAUAAUAUUGGGUGGAUUUGGUACGCCUUAUGAUAAAAAUCCAUGUAUGAUGUUUGUGCCAGAAGCACUGGCAGGAAACGUUCCUCGAUCGUGCUACUACAUCCUGCUCUCACAGUGCCAAACGCCUAUUUACAACGCUUACCAAACUGAAAAAACAAUGUGCGAAGGACUGGGCAUGUUAUCCAGAGGGGAAAGUCUGCAUCAAAAGAGUAAUGCGAGUUAAGGCACAUCAUCUCUACCCGGCUUCUAAUCCCUUCGAUAAGGAUACCGAAUACAGUUUGCUUACUGAUCAUUGCUGACAUACAGGCGCCAACGAAUAAAGUUGUGCGGAAAAACCUCCGUUUUCAA